GUCCCUUCUUCCUUGUCUGUCUUUCUCUCUCGAAGCUAUAAAGUUGGUCAGUUUCUUUCUCCGUCCGUCUGAUACCUUGAUUCUUUCUUGGCAACUAAUUCGCUUCACCGGGUCUUUAAUUCGUGGCUGUGUUUCUUCCUUCAAGCUUUCAGGUAAUGAAGAUGAUCCUCAGAUUCUGAAUCUUUCACCGUUUCUCACUUCAAAUUCUUCUUCCUCUGCCUGCUACUUGUUUCUCAUCGUCUGGGUUUCCGCUAAUCGCUUUGCUUUCUGGGUCAACAAUAUUCUUCGUCCUACUCUAUCGUAUGAGUGUUUUUGCUGUUAAAGAUCCUCUUUGUGUGCCCCUGCCUUUACAUAUCCCUUUGCUCUCUUUGAAUUCCUGGCCUUGUAAAGUUUCUAGCUGUUUGGUUGCUGCAAAGUCUGAAGGUGAACCGAAAAGAAGAAAAUUGAGACUCCAAAGGGACUUCGAUCUGGUAACUCUUUCAGCUGCUACACGUUGAAAUUCUGCGAAAUUCACUUGCCUGUAAAAUAUGUUUAACCUGACAAAAUCUCCCCUAAGGGUUGGCAAACAUAGCAAGGUUGACCCACAAUAUCCGCCUCCUUCACUUGGUAACCCAUUUGAUUCUGAUGAUGAGUUGGGUACUAACAAAACCUUGAAUCCCUCCAAGAGAUCUUCUUCAGAGCCAGACCUCACUGCACCAAGCUCUUGUACCAAUCCAUUUGAUGAUUUUGAGGAGAAGGGAACAUCUUCAUCGUCUUCUUCCCAUCCUGUUGCUUCUACCGCAAGAAACAAGUAUAAGAAUGAUUUCCGCGACUCAGGAGGAAUAGAGAACCAGUCUGUGCAAGACUUGGAGAACUAUGCUGUUUACAAGGCUGAAGAGACCACAAAGGCAGUCAAUGGUUGCCUGAAGAUUGCUGAGGAUAUAAGAGAGGAUGCUUCUACGACUUUGAUUACGUUGCAUCAGCAAGGGGAACAAAUCACCAGGUCGCACAUUGUUACUGUUGAGUUGGAUAAUGAUCUUUCUCGGGGUGAAAGACUUUUAGGAUCCCUUGGUGGCAUGUUCUCUAAAACUUGGAAGCCAAAGAAGACUCGUCCAGUAAUGGGGCCUGUGAUCACCAAAGAUGAAUCUCAAAGGAGAGGUAAUCAUCUUCAGCAGAGGGAAAAGUUGGGUCUGAGUACUGCAUCGAAGGGGGUGUCUAACCCACGGAAGCUCCCAGCCAAACCAACAAAUGCAUACCAGAAAGUUGAGAUGGAGAAUGCCAAGCAGGAUGAUGGACUCACAGAUUUGAGCAACCUAUUGGGGGAGCUGAAAGAUAUGGCUGUUGAUAUGGGAACUGAAAUAGAGAAGCAAACCAAGGCUCUGGAUCAUUACCAGGAUGAUGUGGACGUGCUAGAUAUCCGUGUUAAGGGAGCCAAUCAACGCACUCGUCGUUUGCUGGGGAAGUAGUAAACUGUUGUAGUUCUUGUUGAAUACUGUGGACCUGCUGGCUGGUAGAGAUGUUUACUCUUGCUCAUCUUCUCACUGUAUCUCUCACCUAAGUGCUUGAAUUGAUAUUGGAAUUCAAACUCCUGUUUAAUGGGAUGGUACAUUAUCUUUUAUAUCAAACUGACAUUGUAAUUGAUACACCAUUUAUUCAUCUUGACCAUCAUGGCUCAGUGUCCAGCAUUAGAGAAUCUUAUUCGCACUAUUCCUCAAUUUAUGUUGAGCAGUGGUGGUAAUGCAG